GAGGGUCUUUCUGUGCGCCACGUUGUCAGAAGAGAGCGAACCCUCCGUGAACAUGUCGGGACUCAACGCUUCUCUUGGCUACUUCCUGGCGUGCGUGGUCUUGGCGGCCUCGCUGCGGGUACCCCUGAAAAGAUGGCCGCGCCUCGCCUUCCUGUCCGAGUUGUCCUCGUCGUUCAUGCUGGUGGCGUGCCGGCUGGAGGUGCAAACCAUCGUGGAGGUGGGCGAGUGGGCCGGGGGCUUGGGCCCGGACGUGACGGUGACCAUUUUGUUCGCGGUGCUGCUGGUCCACGGUAUAGUCUGCGGCGACCAUUUGGGGAACUCCAGCGUGAGCAUGCUCAGGUUCCUUCAGCUUGACGCCACGUUGUUCACCACCGUCCUGGCUGUGACCUCCCACUUCCUUGGGGCCUUCCUGGCCAUGCUGGCGGCUGAAUACUACUGGAACCUGGAGCUGACUGACAUGCACAUGAUCAAGAACCUGAUGGGCUGGGAGUGCAGCACCUCGCUGUUGGUCUCGCCCGUGGAGGGCUUCUUCACCGAGGCGGUGUGUGCGCUUCUCUUUUACCUGGCGCACCUCUUCCUCAGAGGGAGGAGCACAUUCCUCAAGGUGCCUGCCGGAGCCGUGCUCCUCACCUUCCUGUCACACAUAGCCAAAGGUUACACGUCAUCUUACAUCAAUCCCUCGCUAGCUUACGGCCUCACUUUCAACUGUUCGGGAUUCACCUUGACAGAGUAUGCGCUCGUCUACUGGCUGGCCCCCAUCACAGGAAUGACCCUGGCCCUCUUCUUGUACAUGGGCCACAUCCCAAGGAUCUUUACCAAGAACCUGCUCUAUAAGACGCGUUUCCGGGUGCGGAAAAGAGGAGAAAAUGAUAAGAAGAAAUGAAUGAUUUGUUUUUUUAAUUUU